CAGUGAUUUAUAUGCCAUUCCACACCUGGCAUCCGCAUCGCCUAGCAUUUGCCCAUCUGUCGUCAGAAAAUCGUACAACAUGCCUACAGCAAACGGUGUGAACGGUGGUGUCGCCGAGGAGUAUCGACAAUAUCUUCCCGACCUGAACACUCCGCGCUUCCAGGUUGGCAAGACUCAGACUCCAUACGAAUAUGUCGAGGCAUUUCAAAAGACCAAGUUUCCUCCAUGGAUUUACAACCUCACAGAGACCUGGAAAGGCCUGCUGGAAGAGCCUUUGGUGGGCGUGACAAGCCAAGGAAAGAUUGAGCGUGGAUUGUUUGAAUUAGAAGAUGGCGGAGUGGAGAUGGACCAGAUCGUGCAGGCGGUGAAUAAUGUGUUGAGUAAGGCCACUGCUGAGGAGAGAUCGAAGCUCCAAUAUUCGGUCAAUGCUCGAGAAUGGAGAGCAUGGUCGAAUCCGGAGUUUCUACUUCGUCCCUUUGGACUACGGCUUGAGGAAAUCCCGGAGGAAUUGGCCCUUUCCAUCCUCGCCGUUGUCGAAGCCACCUUUUCUACCGAAGGGUAUCAAAAGGCCCUGGGUGCAAUGCGGGUCAAUCAUUUUCUGGGCGAACUCUGCGAGCUGACGAGCAUCAUGAACAAAUACUCCUACAACUUCCUUCUUUUCGGCACCCCGUCAACCACCGAGGCCUGGGGCUGGUCGCUCUACGGUCACCACCUGUGUCUCAACGUCUUUCUCAAAGGCACGCACAUCUCCAUCUCUCCCACCUUUACCGGCGCUGAGCCCAACAUCAUCGACGACGGGCCGUUCGCAAACACUCAGAUCCUGCAUUACGAGGGUGAACUCGGCCUUCAAUUGAUGCAAAGCUUGUCUCCCGACCUCCAGCAAAAAGCGCAGACAUUCAAGUUGCUUCGGGAUCCCGGCAUGUUACAGAGUGGAGAUCUCCGGGUCGACCGUUGGAAUCAAGACGAUCAGCGACAUGUCUGUGGUGCUUUCAGAGACAACCGAGUCGUGCCGUACGAGGGUGUCAACGUCGCCAGUUCUUUCAACGAGGAGCAGAAGCAGCUCCUUCUCAAAGCAGUGGAGCAGUUCGUCCUCUAUUUACCCUCCAAGGCGAGGCAAGUCCGGCUGGAGAAGGUCCGUCAACAUUUUGCGGCGACAUAUUUCAGCUGGAUUGGGGAAUAUGGCAACCACGAUGCAUACUACUUCCGCAUCCAGAGCCCGGUGAUCAUCUGCGAAUUCGAUCAUCAUUCCGGAGUCUUCUUGACCAACACCCAGCCGGCCAAAUUCCACACGCACACGAUUGUGAGGACGCCGAAUGGAGGAGAUUAUGGAAAUGCGCUUAGAGGUGAAGCCGAGAGGGUUCCGUAGCGUUGGAAGAGUGUACAAUGUUGACAGGAAAUGAAUCACGAGUCUGCCAAGUCAAGAUGCGCCUCUGAUUGGCUCCCACAAAUCCACGCCCACCAAACUAGGAAGUUCCGUCGACGCAUUAUGAG